UUACCUUCUCUCAUAUUCCCCGAAGACAGAUUCCUACCUUCCUUUGAACUCAAACCACGCCUUCUGCUCUGAUUCAGCCAGCACCAUGACUGACGAUGACCUGUCUGCCCUGGUAGUGGAUAAUGGAUCAGGGAUGUGCAAAGCAGGCUUUGGGGGGGAUGAUGCUCCCCGGGCUGUGUUCCCCUCUAUCGUUGGAAGACCUAGACAUCAGGGUGUCAUGGUGGGAAUGGGCCAGAAGGACAGCUAUGUUGGAGAUGAGGCUCAGAGCAAGAGAGGCAUUCUCACACUGAAGUAUCCCAUCGAGCAUGGGGUGGUCACCAACUGGGAUGACAUGGAGAAGAUCUGGCAUCAUACAUUCUAUAAUGAGCUGCGGGUAGCCCCCGAUGAGCACCCCAUCCUCCUCACAGAGGCACCCCUCAACCCCAAGAUCAACCGGGAGAAGAUGACUCAGAUCAUGUUUGAGGCUUUCAACACUCCAGCCAUGUACGUGGCUAUCCAGGCCGUUCUGUCCCUCUACGCUUCCGGUCGAACCACGGGCAUAGUCAUGGACUCUGGAGAUGGAGUCACUCACACAGUGCCCAUCUAUGAAGGGUAUGCCCUGCCCCAUGCCAUCUUGCGCCUGGAUCUAGCAGGUCGGGACCUGACCAAUUAUCUCAUGAAGAUUCUCACCGAGCGUGGCUACAACUUCACCACUACAGCUGAGAGGGAAAUAGUGCGUGAUGUCAAGGAGAAGUUGUGUUACGUGGCCUUGGAUUUUGAGCAAGAGAUGAUCAGCGCUUCCAUAUCACCCUCAUUGGAACGGAGCUACGAACUCCCCGACGGGCAGGUAAUCACCAUUGGGAAUGAACGGUUCCGGUGCCCUGAAGCCAUCUUCCAGCCGUCCUUUCUGGGCAUUGAGUCCAGUGGGAUCCAUGAGACAACUUUCAAUUCUAUCCUGAAAUGUGAUGUGGACCUCCGCAAGGACCUCUAUGCUAACACCGUGCUCUCGGGGGGCAGCACUAUGUACCCCGGUAUUGCCGACCGGAUGCAGAAGGAAAUCCUGGCCCUGGCGCCCAGCACCAUGAAAAUCAAAGUCAUUGCUCCUCCAGAGCGUAAGUACUCGGUCUGGAUCGGUGGCUCCAUUCUGGCCAGCCUGUCUACCUUCCAACAGAUGUGGAUCAGCAAGCAGGAGUAUGAUGAGGCUGGUCCGUCUAUUGUUCACAGAAAAUGCUUCUGAAUAAGCUUCUGGCUAUUGGACGGUGCUCCUUGUAUUACCGACUCUAAAUGAGCUUAGAACUACCCCUUUGGGCAUUAAUUAGGAUUGGAGGAAAUGAGGGAAAGUGCUCACAAUGGUGAUGAUCAGGGCCCACCUAUUUAAUUCUUUAUUUGAGGUAAUUUAUCCACCCUUCUAAUGAUUCCUCUAAUUCCAGUCUGUUUCCUACUUUUGUGGGAAAAGGUGAACACAUCCACAAUUUACAGUGACCACGCUGUGGUGAGCAUUGUAAAAGAGACAAGUGAUAGAUCCUUUGAAAGAAGACUCCUGGGGCAGCUAGGUAGCGCAGUGGACAGAGCAUGAGCCCUGAAGUCAGGAGGACACUUUAACAAA